ACUCAUGUAGAAAUUCCAUUUUAUGUCUCUGUGAUAAUCACGUAAGCCAUGUUAAUUUAGCUCCAGUGGUGUUUGCCAGUAUAUUUCAAAAGAAACGUUAUAGCCAACCCUGGCCAUUAGAGUCUAAAACCCAAGGGACUUUUAUUGAAGCAAAUCUAAUGGUAAGGAACCUAUCCGGAAGUGCGUAGAGCUUCUCAGGUAUUACAUGCUUGUAAACAACUAGAGUGCUAGAGUUUAAAGCGUAUCGUGGUUGUUUGUUCAUUACAGAAGUCAAGUCGCUAGCUACGUUUUAAGUUUAAUCGUUGCCCCCACUGUUGUGGCCAGACCUGUGUGAUUCACCUGCGCCCUUAAAGCAAUGUCUAACGAAGCUGAAAAGGAGACGGGUCAGGAAGGGGUGAUGGACCUGGAGGAGCCCAAGAAAAUGACAAGAGAAGACUGGAGGAAGAAGAAAGAGCUCGAGGAACAACGAAAAUUGGGAAACGCUCCAGCUGAGGUCGACGAAGAGGGAAAGGACAUCAACCCUCACAUUCCGCAGUAUAUUGCAUCUGUCCCAUGGUACAUUGAUCCCUCAAAGAGACCUACGCUAAAGCAUCAAAGACCUCAAGCAGAGAAACAGUACAACUUCUCAGCUAUUGGAGAGUGGUAUAAGAGGGGUGUUCAGGAUAAACCUGUUAGCACAAAGUUCAGAAAAGGGGCCUGUGAGAAUUGUGGUGCCAUGACCCAUAAGAAGAAGGACUGUCUUGAGCGGCCUAGAAAGGUCGGGGCCAAGUUUUCUGGUACUGAAAUUGCCCAAGAUGAGCACCAACAGAUUCAGCUUUCUCUGGACUAUGAUGGCAAGAGAGACCGUUGGAAUGGCUAUGAUCCAGACGAACACAUGCGCAUUGUGGAGGAGUAUUCAAAAGUUGACCUGGCCAAACGCACUUUAAAAGCUCAGAGGCUCCAGGAGGAGUUGGCCACAGGCAAGCUGGUGGAUCAAACAGAGAGAGAGCACAACAGUGAGGAUGAGGAUGAGGAUAAAUACGCGGAUGAUAUCGACAUGCCCGGCCAGAACUUUGACUCCAAGAGACGCAUCACUGUGAGGAAUCUGAGAAUCAGGGAGGACAUUGCUAAGUACCUCAGAAAUCUGGACCCAAAUUCAGCUUACUACGACCCAAAGACCCGAGCCAUGAGAGAAAACCCUUAUUCCAACACUGGCAAAAACCCAGAAGAGGUGGGUUAUGCUGGAGACAACUUUGCCCGCUACACUGGGGACACAAUCAGCAUGGCACAGACACAACUGUUUGCCUGGGAAGCAUACGAGAGGGGCACGGACGUGCACCUGCAGGCUGACCCCACCAAACUUGAGCUGCUGCACCAGUCGUACAAGGUCAAGAAAGAGGACUUCAAGGGCCAGCAAAAAGAAAGCAUCCUGGAAAAGUAUGGUGGGCAGCAGCAUUUGGAGGUGCCUCCACGUGAGCUACUGCUGGCACAGACGGAGGACUAUGUGGAGUACUCGCGACACGGUGCGGUCAUUAAGGGGCAGGAGAAAGCCAUCGCCCGCUCCAAGUACGAGGAAGACGUCCUGAUCAACAACCACACUUGUAUCUGGGGCUCUUACUGGAAAGAUGGCAUUUGGGGCUAUAAAUGCUGCCAUUCACUGGUCAAACAGAGUUAUUGCACUGGAGAAGCUGGCAAGAAGACAACGAGCUCAUGUGUUCCUUUCGAGGAAGGGUUAGAAGAUGAGUUGAAAGAGGAGGUGCCAAAGACACUUUUAGAGUUGCACCAAGAAAAGAUAAAAGAGAAGAAGAAGAAGAAUAAGAAACAUAAGAAGAAGGGUGGUGACAGCAGCGAUGAGGAAGAUGACUCUAAGAAGAAAGAGAAACUGAAGAAGGCUCUGGAUGCAGAGGAAUAUCGGCUAAAGCAGGUGGCAGAGAUGAUGCAGGUGGAUGAGAGGAAGAGGCCAUACCACAGCCUGAAGGAGGUGCGGGAGCCGACCGAGGAGGAGAUGGAGGCCUUCCGUAUGAAGCGCAGUCGACCCGAUGACCCUAUGGCCUCCUUCCUCAGCCAGUGAUGGGGAGGCAGCCCAGGGCUUUAGCCUUGAUUUUUCUUUCUUUUUUUUGUGACCUCUACAUUCUUGGCCCUUGCUGCAUAAGUUACAUAAGUUAACUGGCCAAUCUAGCCAGUUCAUGUAAGGAAAACGUUUUGGAUUUCAUCCAAAUUAGCUAAGUGAGCUGAGUCCUUUUUCGGUUUUAGUGUGACGGUAUGUGAUUAGCAGUCCUACAGAAACCUGUAAAUAGUGCUUUGCUAAAUGAACCGUGGUAAUUUGAUGUUUUCAUCUCUCCUUGUAUCUUUUUGUAAUAAUAUAAAAAUCUUUAUCCAUGUA